CUUUUUUUUUUCUUUUCCGAGUACGUGUGUACUGUGUGUGUGUGCCCCUCAUGUUUUGGCAUGCGUUGCGUGUGGCCUAGCCGGUGCGAUACGGGGAUGAAUGCGUCGGAAUUCAGGCCGGGCAAAGCGUGGGAAAUGUCGCGAGACUGACUUCACACGGGCAUAGAUUUGAACAGACAAGGGACCGUAUGAAUAGAACCUUUGGUUUUAGGGGGAGGUAGUUGUGUGGGCCAACGGCACGCACCCCUUUUAUUUCACGUCAGACCGCUCGCGCAUUCAAGCCAACAUAUCGCAUUCCGAUACAACAGGUGAAAUACUUUUGGCACAAAUAAUAAUAAUAACAGUUUUUUUCCCUUCCCAAGAACUUGGUUAUGGUGUUUAUUCAGUGAAAUCAGCUUGAUGACAACUUGCCGGUUUGAACAAUGGCGGGGGAUAGGACAUCAAAAAGUCAAGAGAAGCGUAAGUCCUCCAAGCCGCAGAUGGAGAAGCGGAGACGGGCCCGCAUCAACGAGUGCCUGACCGAUCUCCAAGGAAUCCUGGAGACUGCCAAUAACGGCCAGGAGGAGACCACGGGGGGCCAUUCCAAGAGAGAGAAGGCGGAGAUACUGGAGCAAACGGUUCAACUUGUGAAGCGUCUUCGCCGUCAAGACCAAAUAGGAAUCUCCAAUGAACCGAUUCCCCAAGCGCAGUAUCGGGCGGGCUUCAACGAGUGCCUGAACGAAGUCAGUCGAUUCAUGGAGGCCAACAACAGCGCCCUCAACGUCGAAACGCGCUCGGGGCUCCUCAACCACCUUGCGGGAUCUCUGGGCUCCUGCAGUAGCAACAACAGCAGCAAUGGCUGGAGCGCCAGCGCACCACCAGGGCAUCGGCAGUUUGGACCGGGACUUGGCAGUAUCGUGCCCCGGGAGGUCGUGGUUCAUCACGGUAGGCCGAGUUCCGAUCGCCCGGCGCUGGCACCCGGUGCUGCAACCAUCGUGCAACAGUCACCACAAGCCCUCGCCACACCACCCAAAGUCAUGGUCCCACCGCUACCCCCGGCCCAACCACCACCCACCGCCCCGUCCAUGAGCUCCCAGCUGCAGGCCGGUGCCAAUGCCAAUAACGCUAUCCCCGUCCAGCAAUCUCCGAGGAAGGGUGAGCACCCGAUCGCAGCCUGCGUCCCACCGCUGGCCUCAGCGAACCCCGGGGUCACACUCCCGGUGAAUAUCCCCCAAGCCCCAGCAGGUCACGUCGCCCUGGUCCUUCCGGCUCACCUCCUCGGCUCGUUCGUCGGCGGCCAGUUUGCAACGGGCCAGGUGAUCCCCCUGUACCACCAGCAGAGCGGUUCCCCCGGGGUAGUCCAACAAAGGGCACUGACCACCUCAGUGGCACUUCCUGCCGGGUCAGUGGGCGUGUCCUCGUCAAGCCCCGCCCCUGUGCGAGGCUCGAAACUCGACAACCAAUGUGCAACCAGUUCCAGCAGUGUCGGGGCGGGACCGAUAUUCAUUGUGCCCAGCCCCAAUUUAGGAAAUCCCACCAACAUGGCGCCUAACAGUGCUAGACCAGUGGCACCAACAACGCCCUCUCCGUCGUCUGUCCACGCCUACCGAGGAGGCGUUCCAGUACUACCUUCAAAUCCGUCAAGCGCUCCAAAUAGCGUGGUAGCUAUGGAAACAAGAAACCAAAAUGGCGUCGUCUACGCCCCAGCCUCGCUACCAAUGCAGCUGUACGUUGCGCCCUCUGCCUACGGUGGUGGCGUCAACGGCCCGUUCGCGAAUGGUCUUUCUUUGCCAAAUCCAUCAACCUUAGCCAUGGGUCCUCAUUGGCGACCGUGGGGUUGGGAUCAGGACCAGAGAUAACCGAAUUUCGAAUCCUGUUUACAGACGCAGCGAUACAAUUCAAACCAAACAUGUUAAGAAAUCCACAUUCGAAAGUAAUUGUGUCUCGAAAACAGCUUGUUACUUUAAGCCCACAGAACAUUAAGAUUGUUAAUUUUUCCAAUACUGACAAUUUUCCGGCAUGAUAUCUAAAUUUUCACGCAGUUAACAAAACAGGCUACAACCCAAUCGGUACCCCAUAUAUCUGGACGACAGUGCCGUUAUGACAUGGAAUUAAAGUCGCAAAACAUUAAUAUUACCAAAUUUGACACCCAUACUUAAAGUUGUUAUCCACUUUCUGAACAUAUUUAUUUGAAACUAACAAUAAUCCUUUUAACAAACGAUAUAAACAUGUACUUAAAGGUGGGGCUAAUUCCCUGUGGUAAAUUAUAUUAUAUCGACUUGUUUUUAACCAAGACAAAAGAGAUACUUUUCGUUAACCUUUCUCUUAUUAACUAGAAACUCCCCUUUCCUAUACGAUUAUUAACAGGAACUUCCUAAAUGGUGGGGCGCCCUCUACAAUUAACACGAUUACAAUGAGGCUUGCUGUGACGUGGUUUGUGAUGUGUGAUGUGCAGUGGAACGUUCAAAGUGAUAUUUUUUACACAUUUAUAUUUCUGUACGCAACUCAGUGCUAACUGUUUUCUUUGUAUAAAAGAAGUGUUUAUGAGAUUUUUUUCUUUAUAUUGUCUUCCACAACUGAUUAUUUAAUAAGACUUUUAAUAAAAAAAAAAUGAAAAGUAAACGGAAAA